AUGGACGAUUUGGAAUACUUGCAACCGUCCUUCGACCCCCACAAGGUGACGGUUCCGCGGCUACGGUCGAUUCUCGUCGAUCGUCAGAUCGAGUAUCCUUCCAGUGCGAAGAAAACAGACCUGAUUAAUCUUUACGAGCAACAUAUUCGCCCUAACGCGGCCACCUGGCUCCAGGAGUACAAACACAGUCUUAGCAUGGAUGUUAGCAUUGAAGGCCCAGAGAGUCCGAACCGGUCUUCCAGGAAAUCGUCGCGAAACGCCACUCCGGAGAAGAGAACCCGCAAACCAAAGAGCCCCAAGCUGGACCAGACUGUUCCUCAAAAGAGAGGGUCUGAGGAGUCCACGCCUAAGCGGAAGAAGUUGGCAAGAAAGAAGAGGAACGCUGACGAAAGUGGAGUUUCGGACGACGCAGAGUCCCCCACCGUUUCGCGCAUAGAAAAAUCGGUCAGUGCAGGCAUCAAGUCACCUUUGUCGCUGGAGAAGUUUGAAGGCGAGGAGCUGGUGGCGGGGGACGACAUUUCCGAGAUUCUUUCGCGCCUGGGUAGUCCUCAAAGGAAAGAGGUGUUGCUGAACCCGGCAAACGAGAGCAAUCAGUCGGUUGAGGCCGAGUUGGAGCUGGAGCCAGAAGUGCAACUCGAGUUUGAGGAAGUGCUUUCUGGCCCAAGCAGACUGCUAGAUCCGACUUUCAAAGACGACGAACACACUUUGAAGAGUCUGAACGACUCGGCACACCUGUCCGAGGGCUCUGAGGGCUCGCUCACCGACGUGGAGCAGGAGAUUGCGAUGAAAGAGGAGGCGGUUGCUGUUGAGACAGAAGCUAAGGUGGACACGAGCGAGACGGAAAUCAAGGACGAGGAGGUUGCUGAGGUCGAGGUCGAGGUCCCUGUGCCAGCCGAGACCACGAAACCCGAAUCCAAGGGCUCUUUCAAGUAUGCUUUGUUGCUGCUACCAUUUGUGGCCUCGUUACUUGGCUACCGCUCGAUGGCGGUGGAUGUUGGUUUCUGCGGCCGCGAAGGAAGUAUCCGCAAAGUCGGCUCGUACAUCACGUCGGAUUUGCCGCAGAUCUCACACUUUAUUGACAAAACGGACGCGUUUUUGGACUCCAUCAAGCCUGCGUGUGUGCCGUGCCCUGCGCACGCCAUGUGCGACUACGACUCGCGGAUCGAGUGCGAGAGCGGGUACACGGUGUCGCAGCCGUGGCAGAGCGUGUUUGGGCUGGUUCCGCGGAUGCAGGAGUGCGUUUACGACAGCAAGCGGUUGGAAAAGAUCCGGCUAAUGACCGAAUUCACAUUGGGGCUGCUGCGCCGCAAGAACGGCAAGGAGAUGACGCUUGAAGAGCUGCACAACUUCCUCAAGGCAACCAAGUCGAACGGCAUGGACGACGAGGACUUUGAGGAGUACUGGUACCGGUUUGUCACGGAGGAGAUCUCGAAAGAGCCGGAGAUUGUGGUGGACUUCACCACAAGCUCGAUCUCGAUCCAGAACAAGGUGCCGUCUCAGUUCUUGACCAGAACGCCUGGUAAGAAGUCCAAGAAGACCAAGUUGUUCCAGCAGUACCCCGUGCCAACAUCGACGUUCGGCGGCUAUUCCAUGUUUGGUAACUAA